AUACUAUGUGGAAAAUCAAGAACUUGUGUUAUGCUCCUAAACGAGGUUCAUUCGUGGUUUACAAAAAUGACGUCAAGUUACUUCCAAAGUUUGUACGAGAUUCAUCCAAGUUGGUUCAAUUAAACCAUAAACCCCAGUUAUCUUCCAAUAUAAAGUGGAUUCGAGGAGUCUCACUUUUAUUUGACGACUUGAGAAUGGAAGAGUCAGGAGCUCAUCUUUAUUUUCAUUUAUUACCUGUGUUGAGUGGUUGGAGAAUGGCAAAGGAACGAUGGCCAGUUGAAAAUAUUUCGAUGACAUUUCAACAUUUGAAAACCAGAAAACCUGCAGAUAAACAAUUGCUUGACCUCUUGUUGUAUCAUACUCCUGAGAAACAAAUGGUCGAAUUGAAUCAUUCUCGAAUGACUGAUUAUGAUGCCAUUUGUUGGGAGCAUGCUAUUCGAAUAGAUCAAUCAUAUGUCGGUACUGCAGACUCUUUUUCUUUCUCUCUUUAUGUAAAACAGCUGGUACAAGAUAAAUAUCGUAUUCAGAUUCCCCAACAUUGCAAACAUACAGAAAUAGACAAGAAAAAUCAAGUUUGGGUUAUACAACGAAGAGUACGAGCGAGACAGAUCAUCAAUAUUGACGACUUGAUUCAAUUUCUGGAGAAUAGAGGCAUAUCUCGUGAAAAUAUUCGAGUCUUUGAUUCUCCUAAUGCGGUAUGUUCAUCUACAGGUUGUUUUGGUUAUCCCGUGUGUGACGACAUCACCGAAUCUUCCAAGCAAACUUGUCGCAAAAGUGGUCAUCGGUUGGAAGAAGAUAUCAAGUUGUUUUCUCAAAUUACGCUACUUUUAUCCAUUCAUGGUGCUGGAAAUGUACACUAUCUUUGGAUGCCACCAAAUGCACAUGUUGUGGAGAUAUUUCCUUAUCAUUUUCUACCUACUAAAGUGUAUGAAACUUUCGCAAAUUUGAGCAACUUGAAAUACUUUCGGUAUGACGUGAAGGACUCCACUGUUUAUUUGGAAAAUAUGGAAAAGAGGACGCACAACUUUACCGUGCAUCAGUGUUGGUCAGAUAAUAGUUGUCGUCCCAAAGUGAAACAGUUACCCGUUUUCUUACCACUCGAAGAUAAAGGAAAUCUGGCUAUUCUAUUGGAGAAAGUGAUAGAAUCUUGGAAAAGUACCUGCAAUCAACGAUAAGCUCUGACACAGAGAAUCAGAAAUCAAGUUUUUAUGAUUCAAUCUUUUAAAAUCCUCACCUGGAUGAUCCCGGAGAUUCAAGACGA